AUGGGAUCCGUUGCGGAAGUAAUUUCCGCCGUCUCCGCCUCUGUCUUGCUUGAUGCGGAAGCCAUGAUUGGGAGAUGCAGAAGCCCUUGA